AAACAAAGUGGUUCUGUAGAACAACGUGAAAUUAGUUUUACUAAUCCAACUCGGAGGCUUUUUAUUUCCCGCGACUAUAGACAUGGGUGAACACAAUUUCCUUACCAGAUCUUGACAACUUUGAGCAAGAUAAAGCCCUGGCUUUCGCAUAUUGAGACGGCACAAUGCGCAUGGUCGUGUUGAUCUGGUCGCCAGGCUAAGCUAUGUGCAUUACAGGAGAUCAUGAUACUCCUUUUAUUUCUCCGUGUCAGUUUUUACUCGAUCGGAAAAAAUCACACUUAUUUAAUUCUACUAACAAUUUGUCUUCAAAUAAUUGCAAACAACAAAAACCUAUACACAACAGUGCCUUAUUUCCAAGUAUUUGCUCAUCAUCAGCUAAAUUUAUUACAACUGAACGUUCGGGAAUUCUGAUAAUCCUGUUUAUAUUAUUGGGCGAUAUGCUCUGUGCAACAGCCAGGUUCACGCAUUUAUCUGAAAAAUUUCAAACAGUCGCUGAAGACAAGAAUAGUGAACUUGUAUUCUUAAAUCCUCCUGCUUCAUCCUCAGCAUUAAAACCAACAAGAUUUACUCGACGAACAAGCAAACCAUCUGGUAAAUUAGACGCUCGUAAGACUGAUAUAAAAACGUACUUGAACAAAGCUCGAAGACAUUUAUCACUUGACGGACAAAUGGAAAUAAAGUUUUUGAGUUCCGAACUUGUUGAAUUUAUUUGCCACCGACUUCCCGAUCCAUGUGCUCGCGCUGCUUAUCUUCGUCAACAUGUCAGACACGAUUUGUGCUUUCGUUUGCCUUUAUUGUAUCUCCUCCCAUAUACUGAUUCUCGUUUGGAUAAACCAUAUUUGUCGGAAUAUAAACCUGGAACUUGUAAAGGAAGUUUAUCUCAUCUCACAUAUUUACCUUCAGAUAGUAUUUUUGAACAGUUUCUGACUCCGGUCCAUAUAUGUGAACACAGUCUACUUUCGCUAAAAAAGAUAAUGGAUGAUAAUUUAACUUCACAUUUUGGAAUAUUUGAUGAUCUACUAGAAAAGUCAUUUUGUGUUAAACCAUUUGAUUCCCGCCCUAACGUAACAGGAGAAUGUCAAUGUCAGGAGUGUCAAGAAGCUUAUAGAAGUUGGUUUUGUGCAACAGAAUUCCCACUGUAUUAUCCACUUGAUGACGCAGAUGUAAGUAUACCUUUACACUCGAAAUCUCGGGAUUCCGAUAUAACUGACGUCGAAGUUAAUCGAAUUCAUGUUCCCUUCACAAUUUCAAAUUUAUCGACCAGUUCCAAAAUGCCUCGUCCUCGGAAGAGUAGUUACUUCUUAAAUAGAUCAUCACCGACACAACCAUUUGAUCUAUCUGUUGUAGAAUCUAUGUCAAAACCCAAGAAUAUAUAUCGAAAAUCUAACCCCACAGAAUUCCAGUUAGAUUCUCAUUUACUUUUUCGACUGGAAAUUGUACAACCCUGCAUUUCAUGGUGUACUCAGGUUGAGACUGUUUGCCCAUAUUUAAAUCCCGCUGAUCCUACCUCAAACGGUGGUGAACCUGCAUUUUUGUGCGAUGAAAGUCAUUACCAUCACAGUUCAAGAUAUCAAGCAGUUUACUGGGAUGUGAAUACUUGUGAGUCUGAGUGUUGUUUUGGUGUGUCAGACUCAAUUCUUCUUUCUGUAUCCAUUCCCGAUAAGAAACAGUAUUCUACUCCAACUGAUUUUCUUUUAUCAUAUUCAUCUGAUGUUGAGGAAUCUAACGAUAAUGACUCAUGUAGUCAUUUACGUGAUCGCUGCCUUCAUCGACUUUUAUCAGUGCAUCAUUCAUCAUUGAUAUCAGAAUUUUCAUCUGUUGUUCCAGAUCAAACAUCAUCAAUAUAUUUCAAUUAUGAUAAUAGAAUUAACGCCAAGAAUUUCAGUAACUACCAUUCAUUAUCUCCUGCUCUACAUAAAAUAGAUAGCAUUUCUUUUAAAAUUAUGCUUACGAUAUCGUUCACUUUUCAUUUUUUCAUUUGGUUACAUAACAUUCAAGUUUUAUUAUUUCAAAAUUUCACUUCGAUUUUUAUUUUUUUGCGUUAUCAUCAUGUGACGAUGACGAUUAUGAAUACUCCUCCAACAAACAAUAAUGAUGAUAAUAAUACUACUGAUGAAAAUACACAUUAUGUAUCAAGUUCCUUGAGUCAUCCGCCAAAUUCUUUAGUAUCACACCCAUCACUCUCUUUGUCUCAUUUUACAAAACAUUCAACUCCAUGUCGACCAUCGUAACAACAAUUUCUCGAUUUAUCUUAUAAUGUGAUAGAUUAUUAUUAUCACUAUUACUAAUAGGUAACCUUUUUAUCUCUAUAUUUUAUAAUAAACAAAGUGAGUAAUAUGUUUAAAUCUUUAUUUAUUCAUUUAUUUCUAUACUUUCAUUGCUGUUGACUUUAGUUUCUAUUGUUUUGAUUAGUGGUGUUAGUAAGAAUACUUUUUACCAAUAAUAAUAUCAUGCGAAAUAUGUCGAUUUAGUUAGGUUUUACUUCUAAUUUCGACACUUAGUCAGAGAAUGAAAUUAUUUACUGUGAGUAUAUAUAUAUAUAUAUAUAUAUAUAUAUAUAUAUAUAUAUAUUUGUUCUGUCCUCUUUUUCUGCACCUUUCUUCUUUGUUUUUUUCGUUUCACAUCCUUAAAUUUGUAUCAGUAAGCAAAGGUAUACUUAGAAGAGUGUCGUAGUUUACAUCUUCAAGUCAACGAUAAUGUAUCUCCUUAUAAAUUGACAUUUAUUGAUUUCCUUUGUUAGUCACUGCUAGUUCUCAAGAGCAUAAUCUAUUUAUUUCUUCCAGGCUGUUUACUUCCUUUUUCUCACUUUUCACCAGUCACGAAAUCAUCUUGUCUUAUUUUGUUUAAGCUUUUUCUGUAUAAAAAACGAAGGAAAAAGACAAUUAAAACUCGUCGAAAAUUAAGAAGAGAUGUAUGGGAGGAUGUUAUGAGUUUGUUAUUAUUAUUAGUAGUAUUAGUAAUGGUAGCAGUAGUAGUAUUAUCGUUAACUAUUUUAAUCCGCUAUAAAUAGAUGACAUAUAAACAAUGUAGAUUAUUAGUCAGUUGUACAAUUAAAACCAUUUGAUUUUUGUCUUUUUCUUUCAAUCUUCCUAAAUCAAAUUAUGUUUACAUACACACGCAUGUACUGGGUAUAAUCAUUAUUUUGUUGUUCAUAGUGUUGUUUGGAGAUGGAGAAUGAGUGUUCACUUCUGCUUUUUCGAUUAUUAGACAGGUUACGCAUUUUCUCGUUACUGGAAUUCAUUUGAUGAUAUAUAUAUAUAUAUAUAUAUAUAUAUAUAUAUAUAUAUAUAUAUAUAUAUAUAUAUAUAUGAUUGUGUAAAUUACCAUUUCUUAGUCAAAGAUUAUUUUGUUUCUUAUUGUGUAUAUUUCAAUUGCUAGAAGAGUGGCUUCUCGAUCCUAUUCGAUUUGUUGUUAAUCUUUAUUAUUGCUAGUUGUGAUUAAUGUUUGUUGUUAGAUACUUUCCAAAUUUUGUGUUGCCUUUUUACGCUAUUGUUUCCAUAAUAAAGAUCUUGAAUUCGACUUUUAUCCUACUAAACAUUGUUGCUUUGUAAUAAUUAAUAAUUGAGUGAAUUGUAAAUCGACAUCGGAGCGCAUAUAUAUAGCGCAUUAUUAUCGUUUUUGCUUUAAAUAUAAUUAACUUUGAUAAAUGGCAAUUGCAAUUUUUCUUGUCGAUCUCUAUUGUUUGGGGUCGAUUCAGUUAAGCAUUUGAUUUUAUUUAUUGCAGACGUAUUGUGUAGCGCCUUUUUACUGCUACUAUUACUACCACUCAUCUAUUGAUUCAUUCCUACUUCUAUGUGAUGUAUCUUUCGUAGUAUUUAUAAAUCAUAUUCUUUUAGAUUCUCAUCUUGUUUAUCCUUUAUUAUCACUAGUAUAAUUGUUUAUAACGCAUUUAUAUUCGUCUGCUGAUGUAAAGAUUUAUUUACUGUUCAUAUAUAUAUAUAUAUAUAUAUAUAUAUAUAUAUAUAUAUAUAUAUAUAUAUAUAUAUAUAUAUAAUCUAUCCUUUCUUGUUUCAGUUCCCACUAUAUAUACACAUACAAUCACAUUGGAAAUAAAAUCUUCAUUUACCAU